AUGCCUUAUAUGGGAAAAAAGAAUUCUAUCACUGAAGAAUGUUCAAUAGAAAAUGUUUUCUUUCCGUUAACUUUAAUUUUCGCGGAAAAUUUGUUACAAUUAAAUGAUGUUAAAUCAUCAAUUGAAAGUAUAACGAGCGCAUGUUCUCAACUUACAGUAAAUACUCAAUUCGGAGCGAAUGAAAUUCCACAUAUCUUAAUUACAUUUAUUUUCACCAUUCUUUUUGCUGCAUUAUUGUAUCCUCUUUAUAAACAAUAUGAUUGGUCAAUAUAUAAAAGAAUUAGUCCGACGGAUUUAGAUUUACAAAGUAAUUAA